AUGCAUUUCGCGUUGCCACCGCGCAAGACUUCACAUCCACCACCGUACGUCCGCAACAGCAACCUGGCUGCUGCAGCCCAGAGGCGGCGCAAGCAGAUACAACUUCUUGCCUAUGUGGUCCUCGGGGUCUUGACCGUUUAUCUUAUUCUCAAGGCCUUUCUUUCCUUUCGUGCUGCAGACGCGCAUGACACUGGGGCGAGUUCCAUUGACGGGCCCCAAGAUAUUGUCAUCGUCACCGUAUUUGACCAUGCGACCAUGAGCGAGGAGUAUAUGGGGAUUGUAAGACUGAACAGGGACGACUAUGCUGCAAGACAUGGAUACAAGAACUUCUACACUAACACUACCGCCUACCUGAAUCUCGUUGAUCCUUCACCUUCGUCCUGGUCGAUGAUACCAGCCCUACGACAUGCCUUGACGGAAAUGAGCACAAGUACAUUUUUCUGGCACUUGUCCGCCGACGCCCUCAUCACAAAUCCUUCACUCUCCCUCGAAUCUCACAUCCUCCAGCCACUCGAGGCGCUGAUGCUCAAGGAUAUCCCAGUGGUGCCACCCGACUCGGUCAUUCAUACAUUCGCACAUCUCAAGCCGGCCCGUACACAUUUGAUUCUGUCCCAGGAUAUGGACAACCUUGCCCAUACUUCAUUGAUUCUCCGCAAUACCCCUUUUAGCCUUCAAACUCCGGACAACUGGGCACAUUACUUCCUCGAUGCCUGGUUUGACCCAUUAUAUCGGGCGUAUGCAUUCCAGAAGGCAGAAAAUCAUGCACUGGAGCAUCUGGUGCAAUGGCAUCCCACAGUCCUCGCGAAGCUAGUCUUAAUUGAGCAACGCAGGAUCAAUUCCUACAAUUAUGCAUCACCACCCUCGAAAGACCCCUUGACUGGGGACAUCAGGACGCAUGACAGCAUGUGGCAGGAAGGUGACCUAGUAGUCAAUCUCAAAGGCUGUAGGGACGGCACAAUGCGUGACUGCGAGGAAGAGAUGAGGUAUUACUUUGCCAAAUGGAAGAAAGAGGUGGAGAGGCUGGAUGGUAAGAAGCCUGAUUACGAUCCCAGCGCCCCCAAAUUGAAACCUGUAAGGGGGAGCUGA